GUCGCCAGAAACCCUUCCGGGGGGCCAAGCCACAAGAGAAGCCCACGUUACCACUAUAACCCACUAUAACGGGGCUUAACGGGCAUUACGAAAUUUACAGUUCAAAGGGUGGGUAUUUUACCUGAAUUAUGUUACUGUCAAAACACAUCGCGCGACUCGUUGAAGGAACGCCUUCAACCCAGACACAUAUCUCACUCCUAAAUCUGCUUGUCCUCCACAAAGCCGCUCACAAGGCAUACCAGUUACCAUGAAGCUUAACGAAUCUUCUGCUGUUUCCACUACACGAGCUCUUCUUGUCCCAUAUGAGAGCAGACAUGUACCCUCGUACCAUCAGUGGAUGGAGGAUCCAGCAAUCCAAGAAGCAACCGCCUCGGAACCUUUAACUCUGGAGGAAGAAUACGAGAACCAGCAAUCAUGGCGCUCCUCUCACGACAAACUGACCUUCAUCAUCUGCCAACCCGUCACUGAUAAUUCAGCGCCAUCCGUACAUGCCGGCCAGGUGGAUUCUCCAGAAAAGAUGAUUGGCGAUGUCAACCUAUUCCUCUAUCCCAACGACGACGAGGAGGAGCAAGCCGACGAUCGGUUCCAGUGCAUUGGUGAAGUCGAUAUCAUGAUUGCUUCUCACGACCACCGUGGCAAGGGCCUGGGAAGGACGGUGGUGUCAGGCUUCUUGCAGUACAUCUCCCGCAACCUGGAGGAAAUCCUGCAUGAGUACUACGCCGGCGAGAGAGAGCAAGCCGGUACGGCCACUAACAGUCCGAAACCCCGACUCAGGAUGCUCAUGGCCAAGAUCAACAAGGACAACAGCAAGAGCAUUGCCCUUUUUAAAAGCCUCGGGUUCGAGCAGGAGGGUGAUGUCAACUACUUUGGAGAGCUCAAGCUGGUUCUUCGUGACCUUGGUGCGUAUGCAACGGCGAACGUCCCUGAAGGUUAUGCGGAAUUGGUCUAUGAAAGGGAAGACUGAAGAUUUAAUCGAGACGACUUAAUCUGAUUCCACUCGCUGAUGAGUGGUCAAGGUUGUCAUUCAGACCACAAAGUGACCUACAUGAGGAAAAGCACCGAUCGAC